AUGACUUGCAGCGUUUCUAACCAGGCGCAGUGGAGAUCACGCAGUCCCCAUCCUGGAAGACGGUACGGUCGGCGCGCACGCUCACUAUCAUUUGACGUCAUAAUUCGUCGGGCCAAAUUUUGUUGGCGGCCGGCGAGGGUAUUUCUCCGAGAGUUAAGCAGUUCCACUGUUCGGUCUGAUAUCCAGUGCUUGAGUGAGUCUGUUAGUGCCGUGCUACAAGCGAAACUCCCAGCACUGUUCAAAGAGGUGGCGAUCUCUUCAAGUACAAAUUCACAUCGGAUGAAAUACAGUAGUGGUGCCAUUCAAACUCACAUCACAAGUCAAAGAAGCGAAACCAGCCGAGUUCCCCCAAAAAAGUGA